AUGGCUACGAGCAGGGUUACUCUACAGCAAGCCUCGGACCACUCUUCAUGGGAGAGUAAGCUCGAGGCGGCCGAGGUUUCGAAGAGUGAUCUCAAUGCCCUGGUUUUUGACUAUCUUGUGGUCGAGGGCUUUUCCGAUGCAGCUGUUGAAUUCGCUAGGGAGACGGGAAUCCCAACCACCAUCGAUCAGGACAUGAUACAGGAACGUAUGGAGAUUAGACAGGCUGUCGAAGACGGAAGAGUCGAGGAAGCUGUUCGUCGUGUGAACGAACUUGAUCCCGAGAUACUCGACACGAACCCUCCGCUCUUAUUUCACCUUUUCCUUCUUCGUCUUAUUGAACUUAUUCGAGAGGAUAAGGUCGACGAAGCAUUGCAAUUUGCGACGCUCGAGCUGGCUCCGAGGGGCGCACAGAAUCCUGAGUUCUUGGCUGAUCUCGAGAAGACUAUGGCAUUGCUGGCCUUUCCUCAUCUAGCCCGUGACGACCAUCCGGCUGAUCCUGCGUUCGCCUCCAUCACUCAAUUAAUGAAACGCACGCAGCGUGUCAAGGUAGCCAAGGAGCUCAACGCUGCCAUCCUGGAGAGCCAGGGUCAAGGCAUGGAGACCAAACUUGGGGGUCUUGUGCGUCUGAUGUUAUGGGGAGAGGAGCGUCUCAACAAGGCUGGUAUCGGUGUCAAUGACGACCGUGGCCGGCAGUGGGCGGAUAUUGUACUGAACGAAGCAAUCCUCGCAGCUAAUCGCGAUGAGUUCCUUGACAGGCCCACUGCGCCUGCCGAGUGGCACGACUUCGAUGGUGCGGCGCCUGCGAGCCAAGUGCUUAGCGGGCGAGACCUUGGUACUGCAGAGAAGGGAACGUGGCUGGGUAUUACCAAGGAUCUGAGAGUCGGUACAGUCACGAACAUUCGGUACCCUAUCGUUGCAACUCCUCCCGACCCGCCGUCUCGAGGCAUGCUUCUCAAGUCCUUCCUGUCUGCUGCGCCGGAUGCGAAGGUUUCUGUGUCAGACUUUCUCAAAGACAUUCCCGCAAAAGCUUACGUCGGCUUCAACCUUCUCCUAUUCGAUCUGCAGAGCAGCCCUGCAGAGGUUGGAUACCUCAGCAACCGACCGGAACCUACUCAACUGACACCCAACAACGAUUCAUGUCAAGGCAUCUCUAAUUCUCCUUGGGAUCAGCCGUACCCUAAGGUUACCGAAGGUGAAGAACGCAUGGCCAAGACUUUGGAGGCCUGGGCGAUGGAGGGACGCAAUGAGGAACAUCUUGUGACCAGGAUGUUGGAUCUGCUGUCGCCGGCGCCGCCCGUCACAUCGGCGAAGGACUUGUUUAGGGCAACUCGUGUUCAACCUGUCAUCAUCGGUCCUGACCCCAACGCACCGCCAGCUGACAGACCGACUGAGGGAGGCCGGUGGUACGGUACACGCGUAUCCACUGUCAUCAUCGUUCGUGAUGAUGGCCACGUUCUGUUCGUCGAGAGGGACAUCGCGCUCUUGGAUCAUUCCGGACAGGUGCAGCAAGGUCACAAGGAAAGGCGCGUUGCCUUCCAAGGAGACAGUUUGUAG